CUUUACUUGGCGCCGGAGGUACCUAUUGCCGCAGCAGCAGCAGAAGCAACAGGUGCGCGUAGCUAAGAGGUUUGGGGAGCGGCCGCUGUCGUUGAGAAGUCGAGGCAUUACUGCAUUUCAGAAUGGAGCCAUCUCCAUUUAACCGAAGGCAAUGGGCGUCACAUUCACUGAGGAUAACUGCCAAAGAAUUGUCUCUCGUCAAUGCGAACACAUCAUCAGCUCUCUUGCAAAGAUUCUCCAAGUACCAGAAGGCAGCUGAAGAAGCAGCUGCGGAGAAAAAAAGGAGUAGCAUUGAUCCACUUCCCCCUCAUUUUAAAAGGGGGAACCUCAGCAUCUUGAAGAAGAAGUGGGAAAAUCCAAACUUGGGGACGGAAGUCCGGAAGGAAGCCGUGGAAAGCUGCCGUGCUGAGCAGGUUGUUCACGACCAUGGCAGAACUGCUGAGGGUAGAGUGUUCUCAGAGAGCCACUUCUUUUCAGAGGACCUCGACUUACCUCAGGGAGAAAGAAGCCACAAUUCUUCAUUUUCAAGCUCAGAGAAAGCAGAGAACAGGAGAAACCUAGAAAUACCUCGCUUUUCAGAAACAUCCAUCAAGGAUAGGCUUGCUAAGUACCAAGCGGCUGUGUCCAAGCAGAGUGGCUCUCACAGUUAUGUGAAUGAGACUCAAACUACUGAAAAUGAAGACAAAGACUACAAUUAUGAGCAGAAGGAGAAUUUUCCACCAUGUUCUGACAAUUUAUUUCCCCAGCACAUUGAAGAAAAGGUUUCAGUAAGAGAUGGUUUGACUUCCAGUCUCUGUGAAGAUGGCACUGCUGGGUGUAACUUCCAGAAAGAGAUUGGAAUUGCAAAACCUGUCUAUGCCAAACAACAAAGUCCUAAUUCUAGAGCAUCUUCUCAGUCUGACAGCUCUCCUCCCAAAGCAGUGAAGAAAUUUCAGGUGCCUGCAAAGGAAACAUGUAUUGCUUGCAAGAAGACUGUAUAUCCAAUGGAGCGUCUCUUUGCCAACCAGCAAGUCUACCACAUUAGCUGUUUCCGCUGUUCUUACUGCAAUAGCAAACUCACACUUGGAACAUAUGCCUCUCUUCAAGGACAUGUUUACUGCAAGCCUCACUUUAACCAGCUCUUUAAAUCCAAAGGUAAUUAUGAUGAAGGUUUUGGACAUAAGCCUCACAAAGAACUAUGGGCAAGCAAAACCGAGGCUGAUGACUGUAUUGGAAAUGCCACGGAAGCCCCUCAUAGUCCAGGAGUAGAAGAUGCCCCAAUUGCCAAAGUUGGGGUUUUAGCUGCCAGUAUGGAAGCAAAAGCUGCUGGAAUGCUUGAGAAGGAGGAAAAAAAUACAGAGACAAAAAAGCUGAAGAUUUCCUGGCCACCUCCUCCUGAACAAGGCAGUCAAGGGAAUGUCUUGGAAGAAGGCAUUCGAGUAUUCAAACCGAAGUGGCCCCCAGAGGAUGACGUUCAGAAACCAGAUCCCCAGGAAGAAGUAGACCAAGAUCUUAAGAAGUUACGCAGAACAUCCUCAUUAAAAGAAAGGUGUCGACCAUUUACGGUAGCUGCCUCAUUUAGAACAGUAUCUGUGAGGAACCAUCGAAUGGAAAACUCAUCUCCUCCCAAGCAUGAAUCAAGUACCUCACAGCAAAGUGACGAGCUUGUGAAGGAGAUGGCAGUCCAGAACAAACCAAAGGAAGAAAGUAAUGCAAUUGAGUAUGUUGGUACACCAAACACUGCCGAGAAGGAUAGAGAAAUAGAUCAGGAAAAUGAAGAAGAACAAAAUGAAGCGUUCCUAUUGAAGAAUGGGCAGAAUCAUGCUGAACCUGAGGAGGAGGAAGUGGAGGAAGAAGGUGCAGGACAGCCAGCAUUUCUUGAGAAAGAACCAGUGAUUGGCAUCUCUUCCGAGUAUUCGUCCUUGGUUCUCUCAAGUGAAAAAGAAUUCUCCACUAGUCCAAAUUAUAGAUCCAAAGAUGCAGGGCUUUUUGAAGGAGAAGACCAAGACGGUUUAAGUGUGGAAGAACAGAUCAAGAGGAACAGAUACUAUGAUGAAGAUAAUGAUGAAGAAUAGAUUUUAUUCUCUCUCUCUUUUUCCCUUUAAAUAGAGGACUUACUGAAAAGUGCAGAGCUUUAAGUUGGAGUUUAAUGUUUUGUUCUUUCCUAAAGCAGGCGUCGUUACGAAAGUGACUUUGUGUUGCAAAUUAGUGUGAAAAUCCCAUAACUCUUCAGAUCUGUUUUAUAGGAAUAUAUUUUGGAACAUGCAAGAAUGUUACCAGUUUUGUGAGAAAACGUAAAUGCUUCAAAUCGUGGAGAUAGCUGCUGCUUCAGUUGAACGAAAACCUGUUUCACAUUCCAUUCUGUAACUUAGUCACUUAAAAGGCAUUGCAUUCUCUUCUGCUUACCACAAUUUCCGGCAUUUAACAGUUGAACGAAAGAGAUUAGGGCUUUGAUAUACUUAAUUAUGACAUCAACACUACUAAUAAUACUACUGCAGAGCUUCCAGAUCAGUUUCCAAGGGAUGGGGACUACUUUAAAAGAGACUGCACUUUAAUGUAUAUAUAAAAACAGAGUAAUACUUUUUUUAAAAUGGUGGUAACACUGUUUUCAAGAGAGGUAUUGUUCAGUACCUAUAGUAUGAUAUGCAGUCUGCAAUUUGAUAGAAGAGGAAGACUGACUUUGCUUGAUCAGGAUUAGGAGAGAACUGUCCACUUUGCUUUUUAUUUUAUUUUAUUUUAUUUUGUCCAUACAACUCUAGUUGUAAAUUGGCAUCCAGAUGCCUGUGAAUCAAUUGGCUUUCUCCAAGCUGGGCUUAGGAGCAUCUUUGUUCCCAAGAAUUGGCUAAAGGAUGGCCAAGUUUUCUCUUUCAGAUGUUAUAUUUACCUUCUAUACUUGUUGUCCCGAAUAACAUUUUCCUCUUGAAAACUUGAUUCUCUCUUUUGACAAGCAAUCAGCGUUCUCUAUGAACCAAACUGCCGGAUUUGACUCAGUAUGAAAAAAGUUGCAAGAAAAAGACUCUAGUGGUAAACUUUUUUUUUCUUUUGCCUUAUGCAUUUAGAGCUUUUCAACUUGGCUGCAUGUGUUAUAUAAAACAUAGUGUUUUGAAUUGGUUUAACUGCUUUGUUGCAAUAAUUUUAAUAGGGUUAUGCAGCGUUUUGGAUUCAAUUCCAAAAUGGAACCUGAAAGUCUGUGGAGCAUAAAACAGUACCUUCGGGUAGCUUUUAAAGCAUCCUUGUCUUUUUCCAGAUCAGAUGGCAACUGUAGAGGGCUGAUGAGCAACCCUGGGAAAAAAUGUUGCUGCUUUAAAAAGUUGCAGACCAAUGCUUAGUUCACACAUUUCCAUAUUCUGAAGCACCUUUUGGGAACUGGCUCUAAUGCAUUGUAUAAGCCCUUAUUUUUAAUCUGUAUUAUUUGUUCAGUUAAACUCUAUCUAUAAUUUUACAAUUGUGAAAUAUCUUGCUUUUCUUACCAAUAUUAUAUAGUUUGAAACAUUUUUACUUAAAUAAAUGCUCUGUCAUUUUUUUUGUGGGAAGCUUUUAA